AAUAUGUGCCCUAAUUAUAUAUGUUGUUUCCUUCUUUUAAUUGUAAGUGAUUGUGCCACAUCUGUUGGAAGUCGGUGUCAGUUCUCCACUACCCUGUUAGUAAAGUCCUAAUUUUGCUUUGAUCUUCCAAAAGUAGAUAGUGACUCCCUUGUGAUUAAAUGACUACCCACUCUUCAUGGUCUCCAGCGCCAGUGCAUCUCAACUGAAAGUGGGGGUCAGGCUCUAAAUGAGAUCCAGGAAGCUGAGUAUCUGCACUACAUUUCCCAGCAUGCUGCCUGGCAAGACUGGGAAGCUGCAACGCAGGACACGGGAGACUUCUCAGGUGCAAUUUGCCGUCUCAGUAUGAGCAGCAUUAGUUGCAGAGGCCCGGCUGUCGGCAAACGGACUUGGGCAGGGGACUGAGCCGCGCCGUGUCAACAAACUGCGAAAAGUCUCCCAGAAAUGUAGAGAAGCGGCGAGUAAUGUAGUGCUGACUUUAGCCCAGGGAUUCCUGCUGCUUCCCAAAUUAAUCAUUUAUUCAUGCGCUGGAGUCACUUAUCCGGCAUCGAUUCAGCCAUACUGCAUUUCCUUCCCUACAGAAAGCCUUUUAAUCCCCCCCUCCGCCAGCCUGAGUGCAGGGAAAGCCGAGGCCGAGGGGGACGGAUCGUGGAACUGGAGCAGGAGAUGGGGGGCUGCCGGUGACUUGGUUUAAUGAGUUGCUGGGAGACGAGUGACAAUGCCACCAUGAGAGACGAGCGAGGGCUCCAUUCUCCGCUGCACUUUCCCCAACUGUCGGCUGCCUCCCUGCCUGGGUGCCGCUUCCUCCUCCUCGGCGAGGGCUGUUCUGCAGUGUAGCUUCCAAUGAACUGGGAAGGGGGGAGAAAACAACUUAACGGUGGGUGUUCACUGUCCCUUGUGUCAUCCUCAACCCCCCCCUCGGCUCCCCCUGGAGUCAUUGUUAUCCUGACACCACCAGCAAGUAUUCAGCGGCAACCGUCUCUGAAGAUUCUCUGGCCACGCACCCUCUUCAGAUAUUUCACUUGCCUCCCCCCUUUUGUAAUUGCCCCUCUUGACUUUUAUUCUACCCCCCCUCCUUUUCUCUCGUUCCAUCUUUGAUAAGUUGUUUUUUUUUUUUUAAUUUCUCCUUGCGGAUUGUCAGCACUUUCCCAUGAAUGUGCCCUUUGCUUGAGUGGAGCGGCUCCACAUGGCUGGAGAGGGGGCUCUGAGGCUGGAGGUGAAAGGGAACAUAAAGGAGUCCUCUCGGCAGCUCGUUCCAUUUGGGAAAGUGAGCAGUAAUUGAGCGAAGGCAGCUGCACAUUGGGAAUCAAUAGAGUCUGCUUCCUUCCAGCUAAGGGCACUUUGGGCUUCCAGUAGGUCACAGACGGGAGCAGCACUCACUGCAGAAUCCUCCAACUGCCACCUCCAGCUGUCGGACCAACAACACCGCCACUGCCGCUGCUGCAGCCACGCUCCCUGUUACCAAGGACACAAUAGUUUGCAAAUUCCCAUUCCGAGCUCCCUACUGAUACUCUAUUAGCAGUUAUCCCAAUGAUAAACGAGCAACUCUGAUCUCUCCAAGAGGGGACCAAGCACUGUGCCGAGCAACUGCCGCCUUUUAUUUCAUUCCAGGGACUGGGAACAACCGCCAAAAUGUCCCAAAUUGGGACUAUUCUCUGUUCCUUCUGGAUUCCUUUCUUUUCCUUCUCUGUUGCCCUGAAUGGCGUGCUUCAUGUGGCGGCCGGAUCGGAGCAGCACAUUCCCUUAUCCAUGGUGAAGCUCUGGGCCUCGGCGUUUGGUGGCGAGAUCAAAUCAAUAGCAGCCAAGUACUCGGGUUCCCAGCUCCUGCAGAAGAGCGUCUUCACGAAGUACAAGGAGUUUGAGAAGGACGUGACUAUUGAGGAGAUCGAUGGGCUGCAGCUGGUUAAGAAGUUGGCUAAAGACAUGGAAGAAAUGUUUCAUAAAAAAGCAGAAGCCGUGCGGAGACUGGUGGAAGCGGCUGAGGAUGCUCAUCUCAAACAUUCAUUUGAUGCAGAUUUACAGUAUGAAUAUUUUAACGCCGUUCUGAUUAAUGAAAGAGACGAUGACGGGAACUUGGUGGAAUUGGGGAAAGAGUUUCUGUUACUGCCCAACGAUCACUUCAACAAUCUGCCCGUGAAUGUCAGUUUAAGUGAUGUGCAAGUGCCAACCAACGUCUACAACAAAGAUCCAGAAAUAGUCAACGGAAUUUACUGGUCUGAAUCCUUAAACAAGGUUUUUGUGGACAACUUUGACCGUGACCCAUCAUUGAUAUGGCAAUAUUUUGGAAGCGCAAAAGGAUUUUUCCGGCAGUAUCCAGGUAUCAAAUGGGAGCCCGAUGAAAACGGAGUUAUAGCGUUUGACUGUCGAAACCGUAAAUGGUACAUUCAAGCAGCCACCUCUCCGAAGGAUGUAGUUAUUUUAGUUGACGUCAGCGGUAGCAUGAAAGGUCUUCGCUUGACAAUUGCCAAGCAAACUGUGUCUUCUAUCUUGGACACCCUCGGAGAUGAUGACUUCUUCAACAUAAUCGCUUACAAUGAAGAAAUCCAGUAUGUAGAGCCGUGUUUGAACGGAACGCUGGUGCAAGCAGACAGGAACAACAAGGAGCAUUUCAGGGAACACUUGGACAAACUCUCUGCAAAAGGUAUUGGAAUGCUGGAUAUUGCCUUAAGUGAGGCUUUUGAUUUGUUAAGUGAGUUCAACCAUUCGGGAGAAGGAAGUAUUUGUAGUCAAGCCAUAAUGCUUAUUGCAGAUGGAGCAGUCGACACAUACGACAACAUAUUUGCCAAGUACAACUGGCCGGACAGAAAGGUUCGAAUAUUUACUUACCUCAUUGGAAGGGAGGCGGCAUUCGCUGACAACUUGAAAUGGAUGGCCUGCGCCAAUAAAGGUUUUUUCACUCAGAUCUCGACCUUGGCCGACGUGCAGGAAAACGUCAUGGCCUACCUUCACGUCUUGAGCCGCCCAAAAGUCAUUGACCAGGAACACGAUGUCGUUUGGACAGAAGCUUACGUUGAUAGCACACUCCCUCAGGCUCAAAAGCUUGCCGAUGACCAAGGGCUAGUCCUGAUGACUACUGUGGCCAUGCCGGUUUUCAGUAGGGAGAACGAGACCAGAUCAAAGGGGGUUCUGCUGGGCGUUGUCGGCACGGAUGUACCAGUGAAAGAACUUUUAAAGGCCAUUCCGAAAUAUAAGCUGGGAAUUCACGGGUACGCCUUCGCCAUUACAAACAAUGGAUACAUCUUAACUCAUCCGGAACUCAGGCCGCUGUAUGAAGAGGGGAAGAAGAGAAGAAAACCAAAUUACAGCAGUGUGGAUCUAUCUGAGGUCGAGUGGGAAGACCGCGAUGACGUGCUGCGGAACGCAAUGGUAAACAGGAAGACCGAGAAGUUUUCCAUGGAAGUCAAAAAGACAGUGGACAAAGGGAAACGCGUGUUGGUAAUGACAAACGACUAUUACUACACGGAUAUAAAGGGCACGCCAUUCAGUUUGGGUGUCGUCCUCUCCCGAGGACACGGCAAGUAUUUCUUCAGAGGGAAUGUAACUAUAGAGGAAGGUCUGCACGAUCUCGAACACCCGGAUGUUUCUUUAGCUGACGAAUGGUCCUACUGCAACACAGAUUUGCACCCUGAACAUCGCCACUUAACUCAGCUGGAAGCCAUCAAAAUCUACCUCACAGGGAAGGACCAAUUGUUGCAGUGUGACAAGGAACUAAUCCAAGAAGUCCUGUUUGAUGCCGUCGUCAGUGCACCACUAGAAGCCUACUGGACAAGCCUAGCACUAAAUAAAUCAGAAAAUUCUGACAAAGGAGUCGAAGUCGCCUUCCUUGGGACUCGCACAGGUCUGUCCCGCGUUAACCUGUUUGUGGGAGCUGAGCAGCUCACUAAUCAAGACUUCCUCACAUCUGAAGAUAAAGAGAGUAUAUUUAAUGCCGACCACUUUCCGUUAUGGUAUCGGAGAGCAGCAGAGCAGAUACCUGGCAGCUUUGUCUACUCCAUUCCAUUCAGCACAGGAUCAGAAAACAAAAGCAACGUCGUCACCGCCAGCACCUCGAUCCAGCUGUUAGACGACAGAAAAUCCCCCGUAGUGGCAGCUGUCGGCAUUCAAAUGAAACUCGAAUUUUUCCAGAGAAAAUUUUGGAUUGCCAGCAGACAGUGUGCCACCUUGGAUGGAAAGUGCCCCAUAAGCUGUGAUGAUGAAGUGAUUAAUUGUUACCUGAUCGACAAUAACGGAUUUAUUUUGGUGUCGGAAGACUACAGACAGACUGGAAACUUUUUUGGGGAAGUGGAAGGAGCCGUGAUGAACAAAUUACUAAAUAUGGGAUCUUUUAAACGAAUUACACUCUAUGAUUACCAAGCCAUGUGUAGGACAACGAAAGAAAGCAGUGACAGUGCCCAAAGCCUGUUGGAUCCAUAUCGCGCCAUAUUUGCUGCCAUAAAGUGGAUGAUGACUGAACUGAUCUUGUUCCUGGUUGAGUUUAAUCUAUGCAAUUGGUGGAAUUCAGGCCACUCAGUUAAAGCACAACGGCUAAAGCAGGUUUUGGAGCCCUGCGAUACCGAAUAUCCAGCUUUUGUCUCUGAGCGGACAAUAAAAGAGACCAUGGGAUCAGUGGCUUGUGACGACUGUUUCAAGAAUUUUGCUUCUUUCCUUGAAAUGGCCUCCUCUCACCCACACUGAAAUCCGCAAAACCACAGAUGAUACAAGGCUAUAUGAUGUCAGCUCCGCUCCAGGACCCAGCUCUUUCCUGGUGCUUUUAUAUAGUACAGUUCUCAGUAUUGAGCCAUAAAUGGACUGAACACGUAGCAUCUAUAAGUAUAAUCCCUGCCCGUCCCGGUCCAAUUCCGAGUUCUAAUUAUGCUUUCCAAUAAUAAGGUGUCACAAGAAGAAUACGUUCUCAGAAUUUGUCUAUUUUUAUGCUUUGUCAACGUUUGUUGAUGUUUUUCUCCCACUAAUAGCUAAUUUCACCCCAACCCUCCUCAAAAUAAAAAAAGAAACUAUUAUUUAAUUUACAGAUAAAGGAAGACAGUGGUUACUGUGGGAGCAGUGCCCUCAGACAAUCUCUUCCCUAUUUUUAAGGCCCUUGCUUUAAUUGGGAGGACUUCAACUGGGUUUUGUCAUUUUCCAUUAGUACAUGAAUGUGGCCUGUGGUUUGUAGCCUAAAUCUGGCCAUUCACAUAGACCACCUAUGGGAUGGGCCAAAUCAGGUUUAUCUGAUCAUUCAACCCCUGAUCUGAUCAUGACUCGGGUGUGUUUGGCCACAUUGGAAGAGUGUUGAUACAGUGCUCGUCAAGUGGGAUUUUCAAUUUCUUGGACAGAUAUCUGAUGGGACGGCAGUUGGACAUGGCCUUUACAUGGCUGUCUGUGGCUAGCAUUAGACUUCACACUAUUUCUAAAGAGCUUCAAAGAACCUUUCUCUUUAACUUAAAGGGGAAGUAAAGCCUGUCCUACAGAUUUUUAGUUUAGGCACCAGUACACAGGCCCCUUUUUCACCAACCAUGUCACUGACACUUGUGCCACUGCUAGAAUUGCAGAAUGUGUUGAAACCUGCCAUUAUUGGUCCUGAGAUUUGUGUUUCCAGCAUGGAUCUUGGUGAUUGAUGAUCAGUUGCAUAUGCACUAAAAGAACCUCUGGUCCUGGAUCAAGGCACACUUGCUAGAGUCCUGUGCUCAUGUUAUACCUUCAGAGUAAAUAGAAUUUUGAAUUGGAACCCCUAUCUCUCAUGAUCCUUUGGUGGUCCACUGCUAUCCUGCAGAGGAUUUUGGGUGGGCUGCAGGUGCCCAUAAAAAAACAAAAGUUAAAAAAAGAGUUCUCCCCCAAUCUUGAAAAUCUUCAUUAAAAAAGUAAACUUAAAAAAGAAAAAAAUGUAUAUUUCAUUUACAUAGGUCAGCUCAGGUAGGACAUGUUUAAGAGCAGGUUGAAUUUUGAUGGAGAACCUCUGAUCUCAUGACUCUUUACAUGGUCUGCUGUUACCCUGUAGAGGAUUUUGAGUGGGCUGCUGCUUCCUAAAAAAAUCCAAUGGUUAAAAAAAGAGCACCCCUAUUGAAUGUGUAAUUUAGGUCUGCUCAGGUAGGAAGUGUUUGAGGCAAGAAUGCAGGUAAGUGGUCCUGGGUUGAGUGCCCAACAAAACCCUAAAAGUCUGUUCUAGUCAUAAAAUUACAUUUAGAAGCCCAAAUGUUGUGCCAAAUGGCAAUGAGCAGAGGUUCUGCAAAACACGGGACAAACCCAUGAGGAGCUCUAGAUCUGUGCUCAACUCUAGUUAUGCACCAUUCAAAUGUACAGCUGAACUGUGCAAUUUAAAAAAAGGAUUCCACUCCUUUGUUGUCCUUUCUUUGUUUUCUAAUAUUUUAUCUAAACCACCUGGGAUUGCAAGUUUUGAAAUCAUCAAUACAAAGAACAAGUUCCUAUUCCAGCCAAUGAGCAAUGUCACCAGCAAAGAUAUUGAGAUUAUAUAGGGAAGACCUCUGAGGAACUUGGCUCCUGACCAGAUUAGGAGACCACCUCUUCUUAUAUGUAUAUGGUUUAUGCUCCUUGGUUUUGACUGAUCUCAUCAGAGUUGAUCACCCAAACCUAGUGGGGGCGAUAACCCAUGAACUGGACCACCCAUAGCUAGCCAUCAGAUUAAUGCCAAUCCAUCCCAAAAGUCGCUCUGUGUGUGGCUUCUUUAAGGCUUUAAGGAUCAUCUCUGUGUGUGGGACGGUGCUGAAAUCUCAGCAAGUUGAUGAACACGUUGCCUAAUUGUGACUGUCUGUCAUAGCAAGACGUUUGGUACAUUAAUUGUGCAGUCAGAAUGUGCAUUUAUGUUGAACCUGGAACAUGUUUCUCUGCUUGACAUCAAAGAGACAUCAAAGAGACAAGGUGUAGAGCGUAAUGUCGGGAUGAGAUAAUUUAUUGUACUCGGCUCUCCCAACCGUCCCUUCUGUACAUACAGCGGGAGAUUGUUCUGCAGAUAAGCACAUUAACUUGCAACAACGAACCCUGAGCAACUUUAAUUGCUGCCGAGUAAAUAACAAGGGAACUGAUGCAGAAUCCCUCACUCUCUCACUCUCAGUAGGAGACAGUCAACUGUCUGACCAACCAUCGUUUAUAAAGGGACGGCUUAUAAUUCACAAACAGGUGCCUUUUCUAAAGAGUAAUAGAUAUAACUCAUAGUAUGUUAGAAAUAUUUGUAUAGUGUUGCAAUUGGUCUUUAUCUUAUUAUCCUUGUGUGUUCUUAAUGAAAUCGAUAUCUAGAUAUUAGGGAUGCACUGAAUCCACUAUUUGAG